UCUUCAAUCCACCUUCUUCAUCUCUUUUAUUUUAUUUUUUAUUUUUGAAUUCCAAGUUUUUGAUUUGAUUUUGACACUCCCCAAAUUCCCAUACUUUGGCCUUAAUUAAUAACUUUUUUUAAAAAAGGAUCAUCAAUUUGAAGCAAACCCCUUUUUUCUCCCAUAUUCUUUUGUUAUUAUCACCCCUUUUUGCUUGCAUAAUCUGCCUAACCAAUACAAUGUUUUGAUUUUGAUUCCCACCCUUAUUAAAAAUAGUAUCAAAGGCUGAAUAUUGUUUAGGAGGCAUUUGUUCUCCAUGGGAGAGGCUCCAGCAUUGUGUGUUGAGGAUCUAAAAGUGGGAUUUUCGAAUGGAUUUGGUUUAAGAUCCAAUGGCUUUCAGACAUCUACUGAUGUUGGGGACAAGACUUUUGUGAUUGGUUGCAAUAACCAUGAUUCUACAUCAUCCCUUGAGGUUCAGAUUUGUGACAAAUCUCGAGGGAAAUGGGUGAUUCCUUCGGUGCUGGGAAUAAAACCGAAGCCGUAUGAAGGCCAUUCAGCCAUUCUUUUGAAUGAAGAUCGAAUAAUGAUUAUCAUUUCUGGUUCCACCCCCGAUGACUGCAUUUGGUUUCUCGAGGUGGACACCGAGUAUGUUAAGCAGCAGAAAAAAGCUUCGGAGGCUGAAGUUGUUGCCUGGAGUAAGGGUGUGAGAGGUGAUGCCGAGAAGCCGGUUGUUAUCAGUGGUCCUUCCGGAGUUGGUAAGGGGACAUUAAUAAACAUGCUUAUGAAGGAAUUCCCAUCCAUGUUUGGAUUCUCCGUCAGCCAUACAACCCGUGCACCAAGGGGUACAGAGAAGAAUGGAGUUCAUUACCAUUUUACUGAGCGAAGUAUAAUGGAGAAAGAUAUAAAAGAUGGGAAAUUCCUCGAGUUUGCUUCCGUUCAUGGAAAUCUCUAUGGAACCAGUAUCGAAGCAGUUGUGGCAGUAGCAGACUUGGGAAAGAGGUGCAUUCUUGACAUUGAUGUUCAAGGAGCAAAGUCGGUGAGGGCCAGUUCGCUUGAUGCCAUUUUCAUCUUUAUCAGCCCACCCUCGAUGCAGCAACUUGAAGAGCGGCUCCGUUUAAGGGGCACUGAAACAGAGGAGCAAAUCCAAAAGCGCCUCCGGAAUGCCAAGGCAGAAUUCGAACAAGGGCAAUCCUCGGGUAUCUUUGAUCAUAUAUUAUGUAACGAUAAUCUCGAGAAGUGUUAUGAGAAUCUUAAGAAACUUCUGGGUCUAGAUGGAAGCACACCGAUUAACCCUAAACCUUCCCUCGAUGGGAUCAAAUUGCCUUCAAACCAUUCGGUGUCAAAGAUCGAUAAUAAGAUCAUCAUUAAGCGAGAAACUCCGGAAACCGGGAGAGCAUCAAAGAACCUGAUCGGUCUCGAUGUAUCCUUGCUUAAAGGUGGAGCUCCCAGUCGGACAAGAGGACUGAAUGUUUACACCAUUGAUUCUUUCUCGGAUCUCUUAAACGGGAUUCAUAAACUGAGCUAACGACUGCGUCACAUUACAAGCAUCUCUGUUUAACUAUGAUACAAACUCUGCUGUUGUUUUAAGACCAUUGCAUAAGUUGGAUUUUCAUUUUCUUUUCUCAUUCAAUUCUUUGCUUGUCUAAGAAACAAAAAAUGUAACAAUCUAGUAUUCCGACAUGAGCUGCUAUGAGAGAAUUCAUCGUUCAGGCAGCAA